AUGGAGAAGAUCUUCAGAGUGUUCUCUAUGCUGCUGCUGACCCUGAUCCUCAAUGUUCAGCCAUACUCUACAGCACCCAUACCUGCUGAAGUUGUUCAGUUGUCUGCUGUUGUUGAGGAACCAGGUCCGGAGGAACACACACUUGUGGAGAAGAGGGAGCCUGUAAAGGGGAAACACAUUCCAGAUGAUGCAGCAGAAGCAGCAACAGUUCCUGAUGAACCUCCUGCUGAAGAAGUCAUUCCAGUUGCAGAAACAGAUCCUGUAUCUCAGCAACCAGCCGCUCAAGAGGCGUUGACUAUCGAAUUUUCAGAAAAAACUGUCCAAGUUGUAGCUGAAGAGGCAGCUCCAGAUCAAAAUGUAGAGGUUGACCUGAUUAACAGUGAACCUCUGGAACAAGAUUCUGAGGAAGCUCCAGCUCCAGAAGCACCAGGCCCUCUUAUUCUUGCUGAAGAUCCAGAGGAAAAGGCUUCAGAGGAUGUUGCAGAACCUGAGGCGGAGGAGGGGGAUCAGAUGGGACAAGUUGCAGGGGAAACAAUGACAGAAGAGGCAGAACAAAAGGAUCUUGUCGUUCACGGAGACUCUGCUGACCCAGAGUCAGAUCCAGAAGAACAAGAAUCAGUCGUCCUUAUCAGUUCUUCAGAACCUGAAGAGCGAGUACCAGAAGAACAUGCAAAAGAAGCAUUUGUCCCCAUAGCGCCAGAAGAGGACCCUGCUACAAAUGAAGAGAGUUUUCUAAGUACUCCAGAAGAAGAGGAAUCUAUCAUCCUUGUUCCUGCAGAACCUAAAACAGAGGUUGAGGAUCAAAUUGGACCUGCUGCAGAUGAAACAACACCAGAAGACUCAACCCAAGUUCCUGUGAAUUCAGAACUGGAAGAACAAGAAGAAAUUGUCCCUGCCAGUUCUUCAGAAAUCAAUGAGGAAGCCCCAGAACACACAGAAGAAGAAGAAGAAGAAGAGGACUCUCUUGCCCUUGUUCCAGCAGAGCCUGAGACAGGAGAAAUGGAUCAAACGGGACCUGCUGCAGAGGAAACAGCUCCAGAGGAUCCUGCAGUUAUUGUUCCUGUGGACUCAGAUGAACAAGAGAAUAUUGAAAUUCUCCCAGGUACACAAGAGGAAGAGGAUCCCCUUGUCAUUGCUCCACUAGAGGAUGAGACAGAGGGUGAAAGUGAGGAAGAAACAGGACCAGAGCCAAUCCAAGAAGAACCUGCUGUUUUUGUUCUGGUGGAAGGUACUGAUGAAGAACCGACUACAGGAGAGCCAAACCUUAUAAUUCCCCUCGGCGGUGCAGAGGAAGAGGAAGCUGUCCAAGUAUAUUUUACUGAAGCAGUCUCAGAAGAAGACCCAGACGAGGAGGUCACUGCAGCACCUGUAGCUGAUACAGAUGCUGACAGUCUUCCUGCAGCUGUGGAAGAUGGCAAUCACACCAGCAUCCUGCUGUACACUAAUGAAUCGAAAGCGGCACUGUUACCAAUACAUGAUGAGCCUAUGGCUCAGGUGAACAGAGGAGCGAUACUCGGGGCAGCACUCUUCACACUGAUGUCUUUUAUCGUUGUUGGAUUUGUUGGGCUGACAAUAUCUAAAAAACUGCGGUGAAUACAUGUCACCAAAGUAAAAACUGCUGUUUGAGUGUAUAUGUGGAGCGACUGAUGCACUGAGCAGAGCAACCUGGAUUUGAUCUCAGAGGUACUUCUUUGAAGUUUGGAUGACCAGAAAGUGGAAUUUUCCAGAAGCCCAUAAAGAAAAGGAAACAAAUAAUGU